CUCUGCAUAUAAGAAGCUGUGUGUGAAUGCUGGGUUUGCUCUGAAAGGAUUUUAAAGAUUUUGAUCUUUUAGAGAAGAAGAUCAUCAUGAUGAUCCUCAACGCCGCCUCGCUUUCUCUGCUCCUGCUGUUCCACAUCUCUGGUUUGGAGGCUCUCAAGUUAAUUCAGGAGAAAGCGAUGUCUGUGAAACUGGCAGAAAACAUUAAGAUCUCCUGCACAACAGAUGAUUCCAGGGGUUUUACUUAUACAUGGUACCAGCAGAAACCUGGUGAAUCUCCAAAGUUCUUACUUCAUGGCAGCACAAGAGCGAGUGGACUCGCGAGUCGAUUCACUUACAGCGAAUCUGGAUCACAGAUAUAUCUGCAUAUCAAUGGAGUUGAGGCUGAAGACGAGGCUGUUUAUUACUGCGCUUGCCAUUACUGUGAAGGCAGUGGCACAGUUGGUGAAGGCACUGAAUUGACUAUAGGUAAGAAAAGUCCUGCGUCUCCUCCCACUCUGCUCCUGCUGGCUCCGCCCCAGUCCCGCCCCUCCGGCUCGGAGGUCAGUGUGGUGUGUCUGGCUCGGGGUUUUCGUCCUGAUGGUGCCGCUCUGUCCUGGGCUGAGGACGGAAGCACCAUGGCGGGUCCUGAGGUCCACACAGGCCUGUCCCAGCGUCAGCCCGACGGUACCUUCAUCCGGAGCAGCGUCCUGAAGCUCAGCCCGGAACGCUGGAGCUCAGGACACACUUACACCUGUCACCUGACCCACCCCGCCCUCUCCAGCCCGCUCAGAGAGAGCGUCAGUGCGGGACAGUGCAGCUAGACGAGGACAGAUAUCACAGAAUGAUUGUGUUCAAAGUCGUUCAUUUUACUUUUACUUAUCUUGGAUUUGCUGUAAUGUGGCCACUAGAGGCAGUGUAACUCUCUGUACUGUCGUUACUAAUUUUGUCUUUUUUUUCUUUUAUAAUCAUUAUAAAAUAAAACAUUAUCUGAAAGA